AUGUUCGUUGCUUUAUCACACGGAUAUGCUAUCGAACGUCGUGCUGCUCCUCUUCAAGCUGAUCUCAAACCUAAAACUCCUGCUGCCGUUAAAAAUCUUAAAACUCUUGAAGAAGACGAUAAUCCAGUAUCAUCAAAUGGCAGCAAAAUGCAAGCUUUCGCAUAA